AUGACGCCGUUGCGUUCCAUUUCCACCGAGGGAACCUGUCCGAUAUUCACUCAGGAAGUGGACCCCGUGUUGCUUAAGCACUCCCUGGAAGACCGCGUCGCGUACCUCACCGACUUCCUCAAUUUCUCUUCUCAUGACCAGGACGUAAUCACGCGCAUCGCCACUGCGGUAAACGGCAUCAUACCAAGUCUGGUCGACAGUAUGUAUGCGAAGCUCUUUGAGUUUGAUAUCACGAAGAAAGUCUUCAUGACGCGAAAUCAGGGGUUUGAUGGACCACUACCGGAGAGGCUGGAAGACUUAACACUGGAUAGUGCACAAAUCGUAUUCCGGAAGGUCUUCAUGAAAGCAUGGGCCCGUCGAGUCCUCACAGCCGAUUACUCAAGUGGUAAAACGUGGGCCUAUAUGGAUAAAGUUGGCGUCAUGCACACCGGUGUUUCCCCUUUCAAGCACCAACGUACCAUGGGCAUCGCACCACUCAACGUCCCAUAUCGGGAUUGUGCCUUGACACUCGGCCUUGUUCAGAACAUUCUCCAGACAGCGAUUCUGCAGCUGCCUGCCGAGACAGCAGACUUGCAGACGAAAAUAGAUGCUGUCUCAGCGAUAAACAAGGUUAUCUGGAUUCAGAAUGAUCUGUUCUCCAGACACUAUAUCGAUGAAUGA